GAAACGGGAAGCGCACAGGUUGCGUGCGUGUUCUUGAUUACUUUCUGGGGAGGGUGAGAGAGACGGAGCGCUACUGCGACUGAUCGAGAGUAUUUCAGAAACGCGUGGCAUUUACAACAGGAGGGGCGCACUGACAUAUCAGCCAUAAAUGGGGUGCUUCUUCUCCAAAAAAUCUCGGAGAAAAUCUCCUAAAAAAGACUCCGCUUUGCCCACUAGGGACGAGAGCGCUACGGGCAAUGACCUCCCCGAAACUAACAACUCUGCGCUGGGCAGCAACAGCAACCAGGAGGCUCCAAAGCAAUACAGCUGGGACAAACGAGAAAAGGUUGAUCCCAAAGACUUCAUGCUGACAGGCCUUAAGAAUGAGACUGUGGGUCGGUUGCCAGGCAAACUCAAUGGCCAGCAGUUUGUCAUUCAGGACUGUGAGAACUGUAACAUCUACGUAUUCGACCAUUCAGCGACCAUUACCAUUGACGAUUGUGUGAACUGCCGCAUUAUAUUGGGUCCGGUUAAAGGCAGUGUGUUCUUCAGAGACUGCAAAGAUAUCAAGUGUGUGGUGGCCUGCCAGCAGUUCCGCACCAGAGACUGCAAGAAAAUGGACGUCUUUUUGUGCUGCGCCACCCAGCCCAUCAUCGAGUCUUCUACGGGCAUGAAGUUUGGCUGCUUCCAGUAUUACUAUCCUGAGCUGGCUUUUCACUUUAAAGAUGCAGGCCUAAGCAUCUUUAACAACAACUGGAGCAAUAUUCAUGACUUCACACCUGUUUCUGGGGAGACCAAUUGGAGUCUCCUACCGGAAGAUGCUGUUGUCCAGGAGCAUGUGCCUCUACCAGAUCCAGAGUCAGAAUUCAAGUCUGUGAGAAUCUCCUCUGAAGCAAGUCGGAGCAUAGUGCCCAUGACGAAAGGAGGCCGGCGUAAAGAGAGUGAAGAGUCCUGCCUGUUUGUCUUCUUUUCUGGGGACUACACAACUGCUAAUGCCCGGAAGCUUAUUGAUGAGGUGACCAGCAAAGGUUUUGUCCUCAUUCAGACCAAAGAGAUUUCCAUGCGCCCUGAGGAUGUGAACCGAGUGUUCCAGAAUAAUGCAGAGAGCCUCACUGAGUGGAUCACCAAAGGUCCAGUGGUAGCCCUUGAGCUGAACGGAGAUGGUGUGGUGGAGGCAUGUCGAUCCAUUGUCAAUGAAGUGUUUAAUGGGACUAAGGUAUUUGUUUCUGAGAGCAAACAUACGUCAUCACGUGAUGUCGACAACUUUUUCAACUUUGCUGACAUGCAGAUGGGACUGUGAAAGGGGCGCAGAGGGGCACCUUACCUUAAUGUGGGUUUAUAUUUGUUUGGUUUUGUCAUUUUAGGGAAUUGGAUAUGACAUAACUUAAUAUGCGAAGCCACUGAUAUCUCAACAUUUUGAGGGGUUUAUAACCACUAUUUAUUCUUACCAGAUGAGUUUGAUCUGUGAUCUGACAAUUUGACAUUUUCAUGCCUAUGAAACCGACAUGUAGGCCCUGUUAAAAUGUGUUUUGGUCGAUCGGAUCA